CUUUGAAGAAAGUUUUUUCUAGCUCACUGAAUGGCCUACCUGAAUUUUUUCUAAGUGAAGCUAUACAAAGUUUUACUUCUCGUCUUCAGGAAGAAUUGAAUACUACUGAUUUAUACUCUUAUAGGAAAGUUAUUGACAAUCUAUCUUCCUGUAUGGAGAACUUUGACUUAGGUAGAACAAGUGUUAAUAAUCUUCUUGAAAAUGUGCUUCAUUUUCUGCAGAAGAGUUUAAUUGAAAUCUCAGAAGAAAAUAGAAAAUUGGCUGGAAAUCACAUUGUUCAAACGCAAUUGAUGAAUGACUUGUUGGUAGGCAUUAGAGUUUCUGUGAUGUUGGUACAGAAAAUACCAGGUUUCCAGAGGAGUCGAUUGAAGAGUUCUCCCACAUGGCAAAGUAUGUGUGAAUUGCUGAGUAUUUUUACCAAGUUUUUAACUGAUGAUGACCUCUUACAAACAAUUCAGAGUACAUCUGGAUUAGCUGUUAUUCUUUUUAUUAAAGCUAUGUUUCAUCCACCUGAAAAGAUUCCUGAUUUGGUAAGUACAUCUCUUUUUAAGAAUUAUACUUUAUUGAUAAUUAGACACAUGUUUUAA